AUGUCGACCACGUAUAUUGACUGGCUGCCGCCUGAACUCUUUGCGCUCAUCGCCGAGGAUCUAUCUCUCCCCUCUUUGAACGCCUUUGUCACGUCCAAUCGGCGCAUUCACGAGAUCCUCCAACCCACACUUGAUCGCUAUCUCCGUCCAGAAAUGGUGCCAAACCUUCUUCUGUGGGCAGCGUUUGGUUCCAAGCCACACAUCUUAUCGAAACUCCUUGCUCCUCCCCACUCGACAGACCCGAACACGAGGAUCAAGCAGAAGAAAUACGAUAGCCAAACCCCGCUGCACGCAGCAGCAGAAGCGGGCUCACUCGAGGUUGCUCAAUUGCUGCUUAAAGCAGGGGCCGAUCCAGCUGCCAUUCGAUUCGACCACGACUAUCUUCGAGUCGGAUCUUAUCAACCCAUCCAUCUCGCAGUCUACAACGAGGAUUAUGCAAUGAUGGAGUUAUUGCUUCGGUACGGCGCACCCAUCGAUGCCCUCGGCGGACACCUCUUCCACAAAACUCCACUCCAGUUUGCGUGUACCUCCGGGAAACUGAGGCUCGUUCAAUUCCUUCUUGACCAUGGCGCCAAUGUCGAGUCAAGUCAUGACGGAUACGCCGCCCCGCUUGUCUGUGCUCUACGGGCUGACCCCCCACAGCCGCAAGUCGUCAAGCUCUUGCUGGAGCGUGGCGCAAAUCCUAACAUGGUCGCAGGCGGUGCACCCGUGCUCUACGAGAUGUUGGACUUGUGGCCUUCGAACACGUCCUGGAGUUUCCAGAAAGCGCUCGCGCUGAAGAAAUGGACCGGAUUGCCUUUGAAGGAUGCCCAGUGCGCCAACAUGGCAUUGCUGCUCCAUUACAAGGCAUCGAAAGAUGCCGUGACCGAGCACUUGCAUAACAGCCUCGAUUUUUUGGUCGAGAGAUCUGGUCGGGAUACUCAGAAAAUCAAAUCCAUCGUUAGGCAGAUGCUCAAUGACGCUGAAGCCGCCAUUCCAAACAUUCUUUACUCGCUGAGGCAUAUCUGA